AUGGGGGGCCAUAUUUGGUACACGUUUGGCGUUGCCUUGUUCGCUGCCAUUGGAACUUUUCUCUUCGGCUUCGACACUGGCAUCGCCACUACAACCAUCGCGCAUCAAAGCUGGAAAGAGUACAUGGGCCACCCGUCCCAAGGAUUAACCGGUGCCGUGCCAUCGGUCUACAUUGCCGGCGAGGCAAUUGGCGCUCUUACACAAAUGGCGAUUGGCGAUCGACUCGGUCGUAUUCGGUUCAUGCAACUGAUGUGCGCUGUGGUGACUAUUGGAUGUACUAUUCAAACCGCAUCGGUCAAUAUUGGCAUGUUCUUAGCUGGCCGUGUUGUGGCUGGAUUUGCUGUUGGUGGCAUGGUGGCCACCGUGCCCGUCUAUCUCUCCGAGAUCUCUGCCCCCCAGCACCGCGGCCUCAUCGGCGGCAUUUCUGGCGUUGGCAUCGCAUUUGGCACCAUGGCAUCCAAUUGGGUUGGAUACGCAUGUGCAUGGGCACCCUACGGAGCCUUACAAUGGCGUUUACCGCUCGGAAUCCAACUCCCAUGGGGCGUGAUCAUGUUCAUCGGUUUAGCGACCUUCAUGCCGAAUUCGCCGCGUCAGCUCAUCCGGCAGGGGAAGAUUGAGGAGGCCAAAAGAGAAUUCAUCAAAAUUCGACGGGAUUUGCUCUCACACGUGGUCCAUGAAGAGUUUACGUUGAUGAAGGCUCAGAUUGAGUAUGAGAUGCAGCGAGAACUUACGUCUUACAGAGAGAUUUUUAAGUUGUAUCGGCAUCGAGUUUUGGUUUCUGUCGCUGUGCAGACUAUGACUGCUUUGACGGGGGUGAAUGUUAUUCAGUAUUACCAAACUACCCUCUACGACUCCCUCGGAGUUAGUGCCAUGAACAUCCUCGCUCUGUCAGGAGUUUACGGCACUAUCGCAUUCAUAGUCAACACCUUGACCACCAUGUAUCUCACAGAUCAAUGGGGUCGACGAAAAAUGAUCCUCGCCGGUAUGGGAGGAAUCAUCAUCAUUGAAAUCUAUACAGCCGUCAUGCAGCGGGAAUUUCAAUAUAACAACAACCGAGUCGACGGCAUGCUCAAUAGCACAACCUGGCUCUACGGCGCCGAAGUGCUUCCCAUAAAUAUGCGAAGCAAAGUCAUGGGACUCGCUGCUGCAUCCCAUUUCAUUGUCAACGUGGCUGUCACUGAAGCCGGUCCCACCGCUUUCGCACACAUCCAGGAGAAUUAUUACUACGUCUUUGUAGGAUGUACUCUAUUCUUCUUCACUAUCGCAUAUUUUUAUUUCCCCGAGACGAAGAAGAAGACAUUGGAAGAAAUCGCGGCCUCGUUUGGAGACCGCGUGGUCGAAAUUGAGGACCUCGAUGCUGCCACUGAAGACGCUGUUAUGGAGGCCAAGGCGCAGGGGGAACAUAUUGAAGAGAGUUGA